GUGGAAGGGAGAGAUAGAGAAAGAUAGAGUAGAAGUGUAUAAGCCACAGUAAUAAUAAUAAUAAACGGCUGAAGUAUUAGUAUCAAUAGUGUUAUUAUUCGUAGUAGUAGUGGUGGUAGCCGUAGCAGUAGCGAUCCCAUCAUCCUUAGUUGUAGUACUAGCAUCCACUGCUAGUAGUGGCAGCGGCUACAUGUCGACAACAAGCUUUCAGCAGCCAAAAUUCUCUUGGCGAUGAUGAUGAUGACACCACCUUGAGAAAGAGAAGAGAAGAUAUUACAUUUACUAUAAAAGAAGGAAAACAACACAAAAAGAAGCAAAAAAAAACGAAAAAUAUAUUAACAAACUUAUGUAUAUAUAAUAUAAUAAAAUAUAUAUAUAUAUACAUAUAUGUAUAAGCCCUGGGAUAACUUUAUUGAUAUAUAUAUACCUGUUUGUGCCAUAUUUUUUUUUUAAAUUUAAAUUUAAAAAAAAAAAAGGAGAAUCUCUGUUUUAUUUUUAAAUUUUCCUUCAAGGUCCACCCACCAAUAGUUUCCUUCAAUACAACCCCACCUUCGUUUCUCUUUCAGAUAGAAAGAAAGAAGGGGGAAAAAAACACGCACGCGCGUAUACUACACACUUACAUACACGCAAUUAUAUAUAUAUAUAUAUAUAUAUAUAUAUAUAUAUAUAGAUAGGUAGAUCUACAAAUAUAUAUAUAUAUAUAUAUAUAUACACACACAAACAGUCCCUCUCCUCUCUCUCACUCAGUCAGUCAGUCAGUCAAUCAGUCACUCACUCACUCUCUCACUCACUCUCCCUCUCUAUUUCUCUUUAUUUCUAUAUCUUUCUCUUGCUAAUCCAUCUUGCUUGCAUUUAAAAAUAAGAAAAAAAAAGAAAAGAAAAGAAAUUUCUACACACUCCUUUUUAGCCGUGUAAUAUUAUUAAAAUUUUGCUUUGUCGUCUCCUGCGAUCGUUCAUCACCACAAAACAAAAAUGGAUUCAAAGUUAGAAAAAGAUUGCAGUGCUCUGGGAGGCUUGUUUCAAGCCAUCAUAAACGACAUGAGAAGAAGUUCACCAAUCUGGGAGGAUUUUACCAAUAAGGCCACCAAACUGAAUUCGUCACUGAAAACCACACAAAUAGCAAUCAGUGCAUUUUUGGAUACGUUUCAGAAAGUUGCUGACAUGGCCACUGGAUCUAGAGGUGCCACAAGAGAAAUGGGUUCUUCUCUCACACGGCUUUGCAUGCGACAUAGGAGUAUAGAAAACAAGAUAAAAACUUUAGCAAGUACUAUAACUGAAAAUCUUGUUGCACCUUUACAAGAGAAGAUGGAAGAGUGGAAACGUAAUGUGGCACAUUUGGACAAAGAACAUGCAAAAGAAUACAAAAAAGCUAGUCAAGAAAUUAAAAAGUGUGCAGCAGAUACAAUACGGUUGCAGAAAAAAGUGAAAAAGGGAAAGUCCGAUAUUCAAAGUAGACUGGAGAGUGCUCUGCAAGACGUGAAUGAUAAAUACUUGGUACUAGAGGAGACUGAAAAGAAUGCUGUGCGGACAGCAUUGAUUGAGGAACGGAGUAGAUUUUGUAUGUUUGUUACUUGUUUUAAGCCGUUUGUGGAAUGGGAAAUAAGCCUUUUAACUGAGAUUACACAUUUAAAAGAAGUUAUGGAUAACCUAUCAAAACAAUCAAGUGAUCCUCACACUUUGCCUGCCGCAAAAAAUGUACUUACAACAAAGAAUUUGACACCACCAAGCUCCCCAAGUUCACUUGGUUCACGGAAAUCCAGUAUGUGUAGCAACAGUAGCAUAAACAGCUCAUCUGACUCUUCUGCCAAAUCCUACUCCCCAACACACCAUCACUACCGGUUCCGUAGUCCCUCGCAGGUCAGCAGUGUAAGUUUAUGCUCCAAGCAAUCUGUACAGCAGCUUCCUCUGCCUGGCUCUGUCCGUCUAACAAGCGUUUCAUCCCAAGACUCCGGCUUCACUUCACAGGAUGCCCUGUUUUUGAGAUCAACUACUCCACCAUUCCUCCACCUGAGACAGGAGAAAACAGAGGACAUUUCUGAGGAGAACCUUACUGCUGAACAAUCAUCUCAAAUCAGAAAAAAAAAACAAGUCACGACUACUGACAGCGCUAGUACCGGGGUUGACACUCGAGGAAUUGAUUCGAAUGCAUCUACACCGUCUGAGAAUCCACCCUCUACUAGUUCCACCUGGAAUAAUUGGCCUAACACUCCACACGUACAAAAUUCUGAUCCGCCUCGCCCGCACACUAUUUCUUCGGCUUACGAAAAGACACACUCUCGACCUGCUCUCUCAGAUCAAGUGUUCGUGGCUCCAUCAUCGUCUAGAGACAUGCUGGAUCAAAUAGUCCAGUCACAUGACCCUGCCCAGACACAACAGGUAUCACCCUACGGCCACAUCAGGGCCGAGCGACCCAAAAGUGCUAUUGGGGGUGCCACAUCCCGGCCGACAUCUGCCACUAUAAUCAAGAUGCAACCUGUUAUGCCGCCUCUUGGACCGAAACCCAAGAGUAAAGCAGUGCCUCCGCCCACAAUACCAGGUGGUCAACAACCGACCUAUGUGAACAUGACAGACCUAGCUCAUAUGGCUGCUGAAAAGCAACGCAAGCAAGAACAGCGCAAAGAACAGCGAGAAUCCAAACUGAUGAGUAAAUCCCAAACCCAAUCUCCUUGUGAGCAGAAAGAUAGUAAAGAGCAGAAGUCACAGUCUUUGUUGGAUUUGCUCGACAUUCAGGAGGCAAUCAGGGACUUAGAAAACUGUACUGCUGCUCUACACAGCGACUACGAUGAUGACACCGACUCAGAUUCGGUUACAAGUCAAAAGGGUUCUAACCAGGCCCAGCAAAACAGUCUUGAAUUAGCCAUUAAAGAACUAGAAGCUACCACUGCUGCUCUAACGUCCCAUUAUGAAGAACCGACAACUAAUGCUGUCACAACAACAAGCCGUACAUCUCUGCAAUGUUCUAGUGGAUAUGGAACAAUGAAUUCUACCCCAGCAGGUUCUGAGGAUACUAUAGCAUCUGGAGAUUCAGUAUCACUGACAGCUCAGGUUGCUAACGACCUUGAUCUAACGCCCACGGAGGGCAGCUGUGACUGCGACAAAUACUUCACCAUUCCUCGUAACAACAGCGAUAUGGUCAGUGCCUACAAGGCCGAGGUGGUAAAUAAGCGGCCUGCAUCCACGGCAGGUUUACCUGUAUCAAAACCACCAGCUUCUGGUUCCUCACGACGUACAAGCGGUUCUAAGCCCCCGCCUCCAGUGAGAAGAUCAUCAUCUGUGUCUACUGGUUCUGUAGGACUACCUCCUGUCCUUCACAAGCUGCGUUCAUCUCCAUCGAAGCAAGGUCUGCCAGCAUCAGGUCCACAAGCACAGCAACAGCAGCCUGCGCCCCAGCAAAUGGCGCCGCCUCAACAAUCCCCUAUUUCUCAUCAGACGUUACUGAGACAUCCCAAGCCACCAAUUCCUACUCAACAACAGCCUCCCCCGUUAUCUCCAGCAUCACCUAAAUCUGUGAAAUUGUCUCAGCCAGACCAUUCUAUGCAACAUUCUCCUGGAACAAAGCACAGAAGACACUUGAGUGGCACUGACAGCCCUCCCAAUCCUAUGAUAUUGAGAGAUGGUGACAGUGGGAUCAUCACAGGAGGUCUUGGCAUACAUCUAUCCUCGGCACGGACAAGUAAUAAUAAAGUAGUUGUUGAGUAUGCUGUUCCAGAAGUCUCCAAGCCCCUGAAAGCACCUAUCACAGCAACCAAAUCAGCAGCUUCAAGCUCGGGGUCAGCCACCCCCACAGCAGAAGGCUCCCCACAUACAUCUGUACGAAGGUCUAGUGUUAUAGAUACUUACAGUUCUAACUACGCUGCUCUCAGGUCAGAGAGGCGUGGAGAUAAACCCACGCAGAAGGAGGACGGGGGA